AUGGCGGAAGAACCCAGUGGUGUAACAUUUGUCCAGCCUGAAUUGACAGUCCAUACAUUCAGAGACAAAAUUCUGAACCAAGACAUUUACUUCCAAGUGAUCAAACUUCAUGAGAGUUUCAUUAUCUGGUUCGGAAAGUCAGAGAAAUUGGGUGACUUAUCUGUUGCCAUGGCUACACUUAAAGGAAUGGUUAGUGCUGCAAACUUGAUUGGGGGUAUGGAGUCGCAUUCUGUGGCCCUGGCGGAGAGGUUAUCCAAGAAAACUGGAAAGCAAGUGUUUAUUGGUGGAGAUAUGAACAGUUUUGACCAACUGCAGUAUCCACUUGUGGAGAAAAGAAUCAUGGAAGAAAUGACAAAACACCCUGAACAGUUCUAA